CAAUAAAGCAGUAAUACAAAUAAAUCUCGUCUGGAAAAUAGGAUGAACGCGAUUUUUGUCUAGCGAUAACUUGAAAAUUGUUAACUAAUUCUAAAAUAAAUAUUAUUUUAAAUUCAUUUCAGACCCCCCGUUAUUUAAUUUGUUAAUACACUGGGUUUAAAUGAACAAUGUUGAUUUGAAAUAUAUAUAAUAAGUACAUAUAAGGUAUUAUUACAUCAUUAUUUUUCACAAAAAGACCAUCACCUAUACCACUUAUUUACUUAGUGAUCUGACGCACUUGUUCCAUUUUAUUUUAAAAAUAUUUAAUUAAUCAACCAUAUAAAUAUAUAAAAUUAGUAUAUAUUUCUCUUAUUUACUAUAUUUGUAGGGUAGUUAUUUUAUAAUAAAAUCAUGGUAGUGUUAACAAAAAUCCCUGCAACCAGCAAAGAAACUGAAAAAAAUUGGCCACAGAUUUUAGCUAUAAUAAUAGCUGGCAUAACCAAUGGUCUCCUAAUUUCUUGGCCUUCUCCAUUUUUGAUCAAGAUUACCCACGAUAACAUCAACUACGACAUAUCUGAAGAAGAAGCUUCUUAUUUCAACACUCUUCAUCCCUUAGCCUUGAUGAUUACAUGUCCAAUUUUUGCAAAACUUUCAGAUGUGAUUGGACGGAAGAAAACGUUGCUGUUGAUAGUGAUACCUCAAAUUUCCAGUUGGGUAUUGGCAGCUUUCGCAAAAUCCGUUUACGUAUUCUACGCUGCUAGGAUUUGUGCUGGUAUAGCAGACAGCUGUCUAUUUUCCACUUUACCAAUUUAUAUUGGGGAAAUAGCGAACCCAUCGGUGCGAGGUACAUGGGGCAAUGCCAUUCCAACUUCGAUAUUUCUUGGGGAAUUUCUAAUAACAAUAAUUGGAUGCUACACUAAAGUAACACUGACAUCAAUUAUUUGCUUACCUCUACCAGUUGUAUACUUCUGCAUGUUUUUGAUGAUGCCAGAAUCGCCGUAUUUUUGCAUCAUGAACGGAGAGGAAGAGAAAGCAAAGAACUCCCUACGAUUUCUCAAACGACUUAAGAAUGUUGAUGAAAUUUAUAUGAGACUUAAAGCAGAUGUUGAAAGCCAACUUUCAGAGUCAGGAACAUGGAAGGACCUCGUAAAAGUCGAAAGCAAUAGAAAAGCUUUAAUUGCAGGAUUGUUUUUAAGGUUGAGUCAACAACUGUCUGGUAUAAGCGUUUUCUUGAUAUACACUCAAUUUAUUUUUGAAAAAUCCGGAGGAAACGUUAGUGAUGAAGUAUCAUCUAUGGUUUAUAUGGGAAUUUGUCUCGUUCUGAAUUUAUUUGCUACGAUAUUCAUCGUUCCAAGAUUUGGUAGAAAAUUUUGUUAUAUGUCAUCAUCUGCCUUAUGUAGCAUAGUUCUUCUUAUUAUGGGUAUUUACAUGUUUAUAGAUGAUAAACUAGAAAUAGAUUGCCGUCUUGAGUUAUUAAGUUCCAUAAUCAUGGGAGUAAAAACCAAAUUCAGUGGACGCAGCAAAGAGUUAGAAAAAUCUUGGCCACAAGUUCUGGCUAUAUUGAUAGGUGCUCUAGCUGGCUUAAACAAUGGUCUCUUGUUUUCAUGGGCUUCGCCAUUUUUAAUGAAAAUUGUCAACGAUGAUGAAAACUAUGACAUAACUGAAGAAGAAGCCUCUUACUUCAAUAUUAUUCAACCUCUGUCUUUGAUAAUUACAAGCCCUAUUUUUGCAAAACUCUCAGAUGUAAUUGGAAGAAAAAAAACAUUGCUAUUGAUUGCGAUACCUCAAAUAGCUAGUUGGUUGUUAGCAGGCUUUGCAAAAUCCGUUUACGUAUUUUACGCUGCUAGAAUUUGUGCUGGUAUAGCAGAUGGAUGCCUAUUUUCCACUUUACCCACUUACAUUGGAGAAAUAGCUAACCCAUCAGUGCGAGGAACGUGGGGCAAUGCUAUUCCAACAUCGCUAUAUUUUGGAGAAUUUCUCAUUACAGUCAUUGGAAGCUACUUUGGAGUAACCCCGACGUCAUUCAUUUGCUUACCUUUAGCAAUUUUAUAUUUCGCCAUGUUUGCAAUGAUGCCAGAAUCGCCAUAUUUCUGCAUUAUGAAAGGCGAAGAAGAGAACGCCAAGAGCUCCCUACGAUUUCUCAAGCGACUUACGAAUGUUGAUGAAAUUUACAUGAGACUUAAAGCAGAUGUUGAAAGACAACUAUCAGAAUCUGGCGCUUGGAAGGACCUUAUUAAAAUCGAAAGCAACAGAAAAGCUUUAAUUGCAGGAUUGUUUUUAAGGUUAAGUCAACAGCUGGCUGGUAUGAGUGUUUUCUUAACAUAUACUCAAUUCAUUUUUCAUAAAUCUGGAAGUGAUGUCAGCCAUGAAGUAGCGUCUAUGGUUUAUAUGGGGCUUUGUUCUGCCCUUAAUGUAUUAGCUACGAUAUUCAUUGUUCCUAGAUUUGGUAGGAAAGUUUGCUAUAUGACAUCUUCUGCUUUAUGUAGUAUAGUUCUCCUUAUUAUGGGGAUCUUCAUGUUCAUUAACGAUGAACUUGAAGUGGAUGUGAGUAGCAUCAGUUGGAUCCCAGUGGUUGGUAUGGUAAUGUUCCAAGUUUUCGCUUGUUAUGGAAUAGGAGUGAUCCCAACUUUGAUGCUUAGUGAAUUGUAUUCCGCUAGUAUUAAAUCGAAAGCGAUGACGAUCUUAGUUAUUGCAUUUGGAGUAGGAAAUUUCGUCACCAGUUCUAUUUUCUACAAUUUAAAUAUUAUUUUUGGAUUCUAUUCGCCUUUCUUAUUUUUCAUGAUGUGUACUGCUGUUUCUGCUGUAUUAUCUCAUUAUAUAAUACCAGAAACAAGAGGUAAAACUCUAGAGGAAAUUCAACAGAUGUUAAAAAGUAACACAAAAGAUUAGUGAUUUUAACAAUAUUGCAAAUUUAUAAAGUACCUGUCAUGACUGACCGUUUUAUAACGGAUUAUUUAGUAUAUUUUAAUUACUAUGUAAUUAUAUAUUUUUGUGUUAUAAAAUGAUAAUAAAAUUUUUAAUGUACUACUUGUUAUUUUUAUUAUUCCUUUUUUGAUAGUCUUGUUACUUCUGUCAAUAGUGAACAAUAAUAAGCACCUUUGUUUGUAAAGAAAUAAUUUAUACUAUGGUCUUGACAAUAAUAAAAUAAAAGAAGAUGAAAGAGAGAACCAGGCAGAGACUAGAUACACGUCAAGUACAGUUCAAGUCUUGUUCAGGUUCAAAACGUACUGCAAACCAUUCGUGAUCCAGUAAAACAGUUGAAUAUCAAAAUAUUCAUCGCUUAAAACUUUCAACUUUCCACUGAUCAUCUUGAACAGACCUGAAUGUCUUUAGUGUAUGCUCAAGUAGGAUGUCUAUGUGAAAAUUCAACAGAUUCGAGUGAUGAUUUUGUUCAAUUUAUAAAGAAUACAUCUAUAAAAGAGUGUGAUC